GCCCAUUAACCAGCCCGUCUCUCUCAUCUCUCUGCGCUUCCUCCUCCAAUUUCCGGCGGCAACUAAUCAUCGCCGUCACCGCCUACACUUCGGUCUCUCCUCUCUCUCUACACGGUCGCCUGGCUACCUACGAUCACUACCCGCCGCCUUCUCCUGAUUUUUUCACUUUCUUCCCGGUGUCUCCCUCGUCGUUUAGCAUGUAAGAAAUUUGGGCUCUUUGAAAACUUACCAGUAGAUGUGAAUUUUGAGUUGCCGGUCGGGAAAAGUCUGAUGUUGGGAAUUUUCUGAGAAAUUUGAAGAAAUUAUGAUGAUUGAGGCCUGAAGCUGGGAGGAAAAAUCUGUGUCGUCUCAGCAAUGGCAUUUUAUCGCCUCUCAAGAACUGCUCGGAGCCUCCGCCACCGUCACUCUUCUCUCUCCACCGCCCACACUUAUUAUUUCCAGUCGCCUAUACCAUUGAACGACUCAAGCCGCCACUCGCGUCACCUCUUCCAAGUCUCCGGAUAUUUUCACUCCGACAAUCAAUUUUACAAUGACAGCAAUUCGUUCCGGUCAAUUGGAUCCUAUCACCGCCUUCUCCAGUAUUCAAGCUUUUCCACUGCACCACCCGAUGAGAAACGAGAAGAAUCGAAAAAUUCCAAGGGUAUUGAAUGUGAUCGGUCGUGGAUAGAUGUUUAUUUACCGGAAAAGGCGCGGCCCUACGCUCGGCUAGCGCGGCUGGACAAGCCGAUUGGGACUUGGCUCUUGGCUUGGCCGUGUAUGUGGUCAAUUACGAUGGCGGCAGCUCCAGCGAACCUUCCGGCUAUUAAGAUGAUGAUGCUUUUUGGUACAGGGGCAUUGCUGUUGCGUGGGGCGGGGUGCACCAUAAAUGAUCUUUUAGAUCGAGAUAUUGACACCAAGGUAGCAAGGACAAGGUCGAGACCCAUAGCAAGUGGUGUACUGUCACCAUUUCAGGGACUUUGUUUUCUUGGUUUUCAAUUGCUUUUGGGGUUGGAAAUUCUUUUGCAACUGAACAAUUUUAGCCGUGUUCUGGGAGCUUCAUCUCUGCUGCUAGUAUUUUCAUAUCCUCUGAUGAAGAGACUGACGUAUUGGCCUCAGGCCUAUCUUGGAUUGACGUUUAACUGGGGUGCUUUACUUGGUUGGGCUGCUAUUAGAGGAAGCCUUGAUCUGGCUGUAGUGAUCCCUCUUUAUGCUUCUGGUGUAUUUUGGACCCUUGUUUACGAUACAAUUUAUGCACAUCAGGACAAGGAAGACGAUAUGAUAGUGGGUGUCAAAUCAACAGCCUUGAGGUUUGCAGAUUCAACAAAAGAAUGGAUUUCUGGCUUUGGAGCAGCAUGUAUCGGUAGCCUUGCUCUGAGUGGAUAUAAUGCCAAUCUAGAAUGGACAUAUUACAUAUUCUUAGCUGCUGGAUCAACACAAUUAGCUUGGCAGAUACUCACAGUUGACCUUUCAAGCCGUGCUGAUUGCAACAGAAAAUUUGUAUCCAAUAAAUGGUUUGGAGCAAUUAUCUGCAGUGGGAUUCUUUUUGGAAGACUCUUUUCUUGAUGGAUUAACUUCAGCGGUGGCAGGGUUGAUGGCUUUCCUUAUCUUGAAUACAUUCCAAGCAGUGCCCACACAAUGCCCUGCAGUUGCUAACGCGUGCUCUGUCGCCUCUCCAGCGCUCUCCCCAUACCUAUUUUGUCGUAAACACAGUUGAGAAUAGAAGAUCUGGAAUUCCAUACUAAGCUAGCAUUGGCUUACCUAUUAGUAACGGCUGUUUUAACUGCACCCGAGGUUGCUACCAUUGUUUGCUUUUCAGCAGCCUCAGCUGCGUCUAUUAUUUUGUCUGUGCAUUGACAAUAUAUGAUCACAAACUCAUUGGAAUUGGUAGUAGCAAAUAAAUACAAAGAAACUAGGAAUGAA